AUGGAGAGCCUUGUCAUGCAGAGAGCGAGCGACGAGGGCCAGAGCGACUACGCCCUGGCGGUUCACCCAGUGCCGCACUUGUUCAACUUCUCCCUCUGCUACUCCAUCAAGCCCUACAGGAUCCACCGCGUCAUGGUGGUGGUCAGCUACGCCACGGCAACCAACGACAACGAGAUUCGAAUAGAGCACACACCAGAGACAUGGCGCGUACUUGUUUACAAGAAACUGAAUUCACUCGUGCACGAACUCGUACCAUACAGGGGUGGUGGAUCCCUCAUCCUAGGCCAAGACCAGGAUGAAGUGGAAGGACUGUUCCAGAGAGAGCAAGCCUUCACGGGCGAGGUGGCCAAAAUCGGCAUGUGGACUCAUCCGGUGUCACGCGGUGACCUGGUCAAGAUGACCACGAUGAAGGAACCUUACGAAGGCAGCAUCAUUCCAUGGCCCGAGGGAUGGAAGGUCAAAGGCAACACUACGUGGAGGGUCAUACCCUCCGGCGAAGAACUCGUCGGGGGAACGGAGAACCUGCUGCAGUUCAUCGGCAUUCCUCGCUCUCUGGAAGAACACAACGAGCUCUGCUACACGCUCCAGGGGGAACUCGGCUUCCCGGUGUCCACCGGAGAAACAGAGACCCUGAUGGCCAGUGCUUCACCCUGGCUCUCACACUGCGUAGGAGGGUCGUUCGUGAUAUUCAUGUGGCUGGGCAUCACUGACAGCGGGCACGAGGGCAUCUGGAAAUCUUUCAAGGGCAAAAGUCUGAAUUACACAAACUGGAAACAGGCGGAACCGAACGGGGGUAUCAAUGAGAACUGCGUUGCAGUCAUGGGGAUAGGUGAUGGCAUUGGAAAGUGGUAUGACAUCAUGUGUGAUGGUACACCACUCUGCGCUGCUUGUCGGCUGCGCAGCCGACCAAGGCUGCGACUGCGAGGAAUCUGUAUUAAGAACCAAGAUAUUGAUCACCAUUAUGUCCUUCAUCCAGAAUCACACAGAGGGCUCUAUUUCACAGGGUUUUCAAAUUCAGACAUCAAAAUGAUAGAUGCGCACCAUUACGGACUAGUCUUGCAACACAUUCGAUCACAUAUAGCUGUUUUGAAAAGUGAUACACUGACAGUAUCUCCCGUAGGAAGGCACUGUUGGGAUGUCAUACAAGAGGAAUAUUGUUCAGAUGCAUCUGUCAACUCCUCUGUUAUACUAGUGCUAUCACCUUGUAGAGAGGACCAAUUCACUUGCAAUUCCGGCAUGUGUGUCCCACUUGCAUCCCGCUGUGAUCACCAGGAGGACUGCGCUGAUGCGUCAGACGAGCUGAACUGCACAAUUGUAGUGUUCCCGCCAUCUUACCGUCAAGAGCUCCCUCCUCCUUCUGUUUCCACAAUACGUGAAGAAGAUGAAUACUCCCAAUCCUUCCCUGAUCCUUCAUCUCAUCUGUACGGCCAACCAGAGGACACUUCGCCAUUAUCUGUGUAUCUCUUUAUGGACAUUACUGACGUCACUUGCUUGAACUCAUUAGACAUGGAGUUGACAUUAGAGUUUACUCUACACUUGUCCUGGAGGGACUCGAGACUCACUUUCAAUAAUCUUGCUGAUGACCACAAUUUGAACAGAGUUCAUCUGGAGAUAGCACGUUCUCAAUGGAUACCUGAAGUCAGUUUUGACAAUGCCCAAGGUAACAGCCAUACCUUGGUGGAUGCUGAAACUAGAAUAUUUGUGCAGCGUCAAGGGUCCCCAACGAUUUCCUCUCACACACAUCCUUUUGAAGCAUGA